AAAGUUGACAAUACUUUCUGCUUUCCCUUUCAUUUGAACAAAUGAUCUGAUCUUCAGUUAUGGUCGACAUCACAAAUCUUAUCCUCGUUUCUAUUAAAAUCAUUUUUUACUCCAUAUUCUCCUAUCUGUUCCUCGCAUUUGCACCGAUUCUCUUAGACAUAGAACCAAGCUCAUUUAAUAUAACUCUGCCGGAGACAUUUGACGGCCCACUCACAGCUAAUAAUAAACUUUCAGAAGCCGACCAUUUGUUUGUGAAUGAAAUAAAAGGUCCGGAAUCAUUGGCCGUUUGGAAAGGUGAUGUCUACACCGGUCUAUCGGACGGGCGUAUUGUUCGCAUUCGGAAGGAUAGGUAUAAAACUGUGGCCCAAUUCGGUGAUCCCGCGAAGUGUGUUAAUCCAUGGGAAAUGGAAAAAUGCGGCCGUCCUUUAGGGAUGAGAUUUGACUCAAAGGGUACGCUAUAUGUUGCCGACGCUUACUAUGGUUUACAUACAGUGAACGUAACGUCAGGUAAAGUGAAGAGAAUAUUGACGUCGAAGAAACCGAUCGCAGACCUGAGACCCAAAUUCUUGGAUGACUUAGUCAUCAAUGAAGAUGAAAAUGCCAUCUAUUUUACGGAUGCGAGCAAUAGAUGGGAUUUAAAGAAUGUCUUUUAUACGGUUGGAGAACACGACGAAAGCGGAAGAGUCAUUAGGUUUGAUAUGCGGACCAAGAAUUCAACGGUUGUUAUGAAAUCUUUGGGAUUUCCGAAUGGAAUUGAAUUAACGGACGAUAAGAAAGCUCUUCUGGUCUGUGAAUUCAAUAACAGAAGAAUUAUGAAACACUUCAUCGAUGGUGACAGAAGAGGUCAGACAGACAUCUUCUCAUUCAACCUGCCGGGAGAGCCGGACAACAUCCGGAGAAGUAGCGAUCCGUACAGAGAGACCUAUUGGGUGGCACUGGCUAUGGGUCGCAAUGAGAAGAACCCGUCCUUUGCGAUCGACGUCCUGAGCGGUUGGCCUAAGACUCGCAAAGCAUUGCUCAGAGCCUUACAUACAGUGGGCUUUGGACUCGAAUAUAUCGGAAGAUUCCUUCAUUUCAGACCAUUGAUUGAGUUGGGAUUCAAGACAAAGACCGGUUCCCUUAUAUUCCAUACAAUCACUCACUACGGAAUGGCCGUUGAGUUGGACACCGAGGGAAAGGUUGUCCAGUCGUUGCACUCACCCGACGGUAAGACAACUCUUUUGUCAGAAGUGCGGGAAGUGGUGGUGGGGGACACAAAGGUGUUGUAUUUGGGAUCGUAUGGCAACAACUAUAUCGGCAAAAUAAAUUUGGGUAAACUGUCGAAAAUACAGCGACCACUCCUCACACACGAGAAGAAACAAUACAUUGAAAACCAGAAACAGAAGUCAAAGAAAUCCAAACCAAAGGCUUACAAACCGUACGAACCGUUUGAUCUCCAGAGUCCUAAUUUCGGACAAAACCAACAGAAGAGUCAACAGGAUUUU